AUGAUCAGUACGCUGCUUCUUCCGAUGAAGAACGCCCUUGCGCUCAAGCAUCUCGCAGAGAGCCUUGUGCUCCCGAUGGUGGGCAUCGACAAGGGUCUGAAGAGCAGUUAUCUCAUCCCGAAGCCGAUCAACAAUUCCACGAGCUACCCUUAG